UUUAUAAUUAUUAAAAAAAGCUAAGUAAAUCGGUCGUUCGAAUUACCACUUUCCUCCAUGGUUGCAUCUAUGUAGUUUUGCGUAUCGAUGUCAUACCCAUUCUCUUGGGCUGGACACUUCGCCAAGAGCCAAUCUGGAUUGAAAACUAGAGUCUCCAAUUAUUCAUCUUUUAUACCCCCGUACAUUUAAGAAUAAGAACUCUGGUUACUGCUGCUUUUCUCUCUCUCUCUCUACCAAGAGCCAGAGCUCCAUUAUUGAGAAGCUAAGGGAGAUGAGGAAGCCAUCUUCAUCAAUGGCCAACCCCAUCAUCCUCCUCCUCCAUUUCACUGCUUCUCUAAUGGCUCUUCUAUCAUCAUCUCGGGCGGCCCAGCUUUCAUCUUCUUCUUCAUUCGAUGAAAACUUCAGCAAGAGCUGCCCAGAAACCAACUUCAAAACCUCUGAAGAUGGUCAGAUCUGGUUUCUCUCCUUGGACAAAAAUGCAGGUUGUGGGUUUGCUACAAAGCAUAAGUACAGAUUUGGUUGGUUCAGCAUGAAGAUGAAACUGGUGGGAGGUGACUCUGCUGGUGUUGUCACUGCUUUUUAUAUGUGCUCCGAGUACAAUGAUAAAGGGGAAGGAUGGGGGAGUAGAGACGAGCUAGAUUUCGAGUUCUUGGGGAACAGGACAGGGCAGCCUUACAUUAUUCAGACCAAUGUGUACCAGAAUGGCACCGGCGGUCGUGAAAUGCGCCAUGUUCUCUGGUUCGACCCUACCAUGGACUUCCACACCUACUCCAUUCGCUGGAACCCUCACAUGAUUGUGUUCUACGUGGAUAGAGUUCCCAUAAGAGUGUACAAAAAUGCAAACUACACAAACAACUUCUUUCCCAUAGAGAAGCCAAUGUACUUGUUCUCAAGCAUAUGGGACGCCGACGACUGGGCGACGAGGGGCGGUUUGGAGAAAACCGACUGGAGAAACGCGCCGUUCGUGUCCACGUACAAAGACUUCAACGUGGACGCCUGCCAGUGGGAGGACCCUUACCCGGCGUGCGUGUCCACCACGACCCAACACUGGUGGGACCAGUACCCGGCGUGGCACCUCUCGCCCGACGAGCAACUCGACUACUCUUGGGUGCUUAGGAACCUUGUGAUGUAUGAUUAUUGCCCGGACUCCGACCGGUACCCGACCAAGCCCGAGGAAUGCUGGCUCAGUCCGUGGGACUGAUCGAUUCGUCGCACGAUUAUCCGAAUGAUUUUUUUCAUGUUUUUACAUACAUUACAUACGGAGUCCUCGUGAGGACAUUACUG